AUGCAGCCCCUACAAGUACGAGGCACAUUUUCGCAGCCAUCCAUCCUUUUCAUCGGCUCCCCAUCCGCCAACCUCACGUCGAAGAAUGACCACAGACAUCGCUACAAGGGUCCAGACAAUACGACGGGCGCUUUUGUGCGCCCCGCAUCGUCAUUCCGCAAGUUCAUUCAGAGAGGAGGAGAGUUUCCGCCUGAAAAAGGUCGUUACCACCUCUAUGUCUCCUACGCCUGCCCGUGGGCGACGCGUACCCUGAUUGUUCGCAAGCUGAAGGGUCUCGAGGAUUUCAUCGGCGUCACUGUCGUCUCCCCUCGUAUGGGCUCCGAAGGGUGGCCCUUUGCAUCUGUGGACGCCUUCCCCGGCGCAGAUGCCGAUCCCUUCCACGACUCGAAGCACAUUCGGGACAUCUACCUCUCCAUCGAACCCAACUAUGAGGGCCGUUUCACCGUGCCUGUACUCUGGGACUCGAAGAGCAAGAUGAUUGUGAACAACGAAAGCUCGGAGAUCAUUCGCAUGCUGAACACUGAGUUCAACGACCUCCUCCCUGCGGAUAAGGCGGGUCUUGACCUCUACCCGGAGUCGCUGCGCAAGGACAUUGACGAGGUCAAUGAUUGGGUGUACCCAACCAUCAACAACGGCGUCUACCGUUCCGGCUUCGCGACCUCGCAAGAAGCGUACGAAGCUGCCGUCGUUCCCCUUUUCGAGUCCCUCGACCGCGUUGAGAAGAUGCUUGCUGGCAAAGACUACCUCAUCGGCGACACCCUGACCGAGGCGGACGUCCGCCUGUUCGUGACAAUAAUUCGCUUCGACCCGGUGUAUGUCGGCCACUUCAAGUGCAACAUCCGCACUAUCCGCGACGGCUAUCCGGCGAUCGACCUCUGGAUGCGCAAGCUGUACUGGAAGAACGACGCAUUUUCGUCAACGUGCAACUUCGAACAUAUCAAGACCCACUACUACUGGUCGCACCCGCACGUUAACCCUACCAGGGUCGUUCCCGUGGGCCGAUCCCUCAUAUUCGCCCUCUGUAAAUAG